AUGUACCCUGGAAAGUCCCCUGCCGGUCUGCAUUUAACAAAUAGACGCGAUAUGUCACGGCCACGUGAGCAGAAUAACGGUCUCUCCGACUCACACUCCCUUCGCCGCCGCCGUUCCCAAUCCGAUCUACAGGAUAUCCAGUUAACAUGCUUCAAGAGGCCAUUGACUAUCUUCCCACCUCCAAUUCAAUCGUGCAGUAGGCAGUUCGACAUGGACAUCAAUACUGCGUCUAACGUUCCAGGGUGCAGAGGCCAUACCAUGCUAUUCUCGUCCUCGGGCUUGAAACCGGUCUCUGUACUUGGCAGCGAGCAUACUACAUCUCGUAUUCUCCCACCGUCUCUUACUCAAACAGAGAGCUCACAGAGAUAUCAAUCGCCUUCCUUGCGGGGAUGCUCGUUUUACAUCCGACCACGCCAAUUCUCACGGCUAUUGACACCAUUAUGGCUAACGACGAACACCGAGGAUGGCAUCCCUCAUGAACGCAGAUAA